AUGACCGAUUCCUCCUCUCUUAUCACCACGAAUUCCCCAAUAAAUCCGUUCCCGGUCACCGCCGUACCCGCGCAGCAGCAGCAGCCACCCCUGCUGAAUGGCAUUGUCUCGGAUGCAAAUCUUGCAGAGGAGGAGGAGUAUACCAUCAAAUGCAUCUGUGGAUACGCAGAUGAUGAUGGCAAUACCGUGUACUGCGAAAAGUGUGACACCUGGCAGCAUAUUGAAUGCUACUAUCCUUCCAAGAAGGUUCCAGAAGAGCACUUUUGUGCAGAUUGCCUCCCUCGAGAUGUUGAUGCAAAACGAGCGGCUGAACGCCAGCGGCGCCAUCGAGAAGCCCUCGACGGCGGUGACCGGAAGAUCAAGCGACCAGCGUCGAAAAGUUCGAAAAAGAAGCACAAAGAUCCUUCCGUGUCAGAACAGGUGAACGGCUGGCAUCUGGACAGGAAUGAAUCUAUAUCAAAUGGCAGAGACCAGCCACCCCCAACGAAAAAACCAAAGACAAACCACCGGACUUCGGGCUCCGUGGCUUCCAUCAAUGGCGAUUCCAGGAAACGUGCCCUCUCCCACAUCCACUCCUACCCCAGUCCUUCGAAAUCCCCUCAGGAUGCCGCACGCUACCCGCCCAUACCUAUUUAUACCUCAGAGUUCCUCGAUCUGUACGACCGCGACCAUGGUACAACCGACGCACAGGGCAAUGAGCACACCAUACAGGCCCUGAACGAGCUUGCCGCAUUCCGAUCCGAUGCCUCCCUCGUCGCUAGCCCAGGCGAGCAGCCGAGUAACCUGAGACCCUUCGUGCGCGCUUCGGGCACGCUAGAUCCCUCUACCUACCCACCGAUUUCUGUUGAGACAGCGGACCGGAAAGAGGUGGAAAUUGACGGUAAGACUCCUCACUGGAAGUUCAUCAAGACCCAGGCGCCGAUCAGAAAAGAUCAGGUUGUCGGAGAAGUACGCGGCGAAGUUGGUAUGCUGGACGAAUACUGCCAGCAACACUCCAACAGCAAUCGCUGGCAAGAACUAGGUCAUCCGGAUCCCUUUGUCUUCUUCCAUCCGCACAUGAAUGUCUACAUCGACAGCCGGAAAGCAGGUACCCAGUUCCGAUAUCUACGGCGGUCGUGCGUGCCCAAUGUUACACUCAAGACAUUUGUCACAGAAGAUAACGACUGGCGUCAUUGCUUCGUUGCGAAGGAUGACAUUCCUGCUGGCAAGGAGCUUACUGCCGCUUGGUUCCUGGACCCCAAUAUCAUGCUUAGUGGAGAUCCCAAUACGGAUCAGGAUGAGCCACCCUUCAGUCGACAGUGCGAUUGGGUCAGCAGAGUGCUGGCUAAUUUCGGUGACUGCGCCUGCAAUAAAGGUAGCAACUGCCUUUUUGCUCGCUUCGAUCGACGAUGUCUCCCGAAAUCCACGGACGGCCCAGAGAAGACCAAAGCUGGUCGCAAGAAGAGACCGAAGACCAAAACCGCCAUUUCCCCUAAGAGCACCGGCCAGGCAACGAACAGUCGCGCUGGAAGCGAGGCUCUCAAGCAAGAGGAUGACGAGCAGGAUCAACGCUCUUCCUCAGGAUCUGCGAGCGAUCCUAAGAGUCGGGAUAUGACGCCUGUGAAUAUUGCAGCUCUUGACGCUGACCCCGUUCUUGGAACUCAGCUUACCGACCGCGAGAUUAGAAAGCUAAGAGCCCUGGAACAACGUGAGCAAGAACGGAAUAAGACCAAGGAGAAAAAGACCAAGAAACGUACGAGUGGGGGUUCGAAUCUGAACACACCAAAUCCCAACGGCUCAAAACACUUUCUGAAUCCUGGUACUAUCGGCGCCGAGUCAUAUUCCGGCUCUCCACCGCCGAGGCAGAUCGGUGCCCAGUCACGGGGCAAGUCGAGAAUGAUUCGACAGACUCCGCCACGUCCCGUUUAUGCUGAAGCCAGCACUCAGACUUCUCCGGAUGACAUCGAUCUUGAGCUACCGCCAGCCAAGCGAAUGAAAUAUGUUACGCCUCAGCAGCGACUAUUGCGCAAGGUUUUAGCGAAUCGUUCACGGUACGAACAGCGGUGCAAAGUCGCUGGCGUUUCGCCUAGGUCGUUCUCAGCCUCGCCAAUGACUAGUCCCAGUCAGGAUUCGGAGAUGAAGGACGUCAAUCCUAACGUCAUCUCGCCGGUGAGUGCACGUUCAGCGCCCUUACCGUCUCCGUCUUCCUCGGAACACUCCGCAAGUCCGACAGUGUCGCCAACAUAUCCUCUACCAUCGCAAGCUGCACAUUCCUACAAGCAAUUCAAGGUUCCGGCGCCCAAGCUCCAAAUUUCUUCCAUGCCGCCCGUACCAGCCUUUCCCGCCGCGGGAACGUCUGGUGCCCCGAACUCGACCUCGUCAGCGCAUGGCACCCCGUCGGCAGUGUUGUCUCCAGUCGCAAUGAUCUCAACACAACCUGGAAUGUCACCUGCUGUCGUGACACCUAGUCCCGCCAAGAAGAAGCUCAGCCUCGGGGACUAUAUGAAGGCACGGCGUAAUACCAGCUCGUCCUCAAUCCUAGCUACAGAGAAAUCUCUCAUGGCCGAUGGUGAUCGCAAGGUUUCAAGCGAAUCGCCGGGACCCCCGUCGAAUGUUCCUCCAGCCCCAUCUCCGAGCGAUCAUAUUAAGAUUGAAGCUGCUAUCCAGGGCGUGCAAGAGAACGCCGUAGAGGACACGCCGAUGAAAGAUGCGGACGACGAGUCAGAAUAUGUGCCACCUGAACCUAUCUUGGACGCAGAUCUACCACCACCUGGCAUGGUGGUGUCUGAUGUCGGUAAGCCCGAUGUCAUGCUGUCAAUAUCUCCGCCAGCGAGCGCGAAUACUGCUUCCGAAGUUACCACUGUCAUGGCUCAGCUGGCCAAACUGCAGGAGAAGGCGAAGAGCGGCGCUUCAUCAUGA